ACAUCAAGGAAACCAGAAGGAUUUGAAAACACUGAUCAGAUCUGAGGUGGAGCACAGCUGACCCGACCCACUGGUGCAGCGCAGACACAGCAGGCUCCUUCUGUUAGGUUCAGGACAGGUGAAAAUGCUCUGGAGACUGACUCUUGCCGUGGCUGUGGUGUGUGUCAGUGGCAUAUGCGACUGCGUUACUGCUGAUGUAAUGAGCAGACUGAUCGUACCGAGGGACUACGGGGUGAAACUGUGCGGGAGAGAGUUCAUCAGAGCAGUCAUUUUUACCUGCGGAGGAUCCCGGUGGAAACGAUCCACAGACGGGGACUUAGACCCUUUCCAUUGGAGUCCUCGCAGCGAUGUCACAGUGGAAGACAACCAGCACACCUGGCAAAGUGGGGCAGAGCUCCCAGAUAACCGCUCUCCUCUCCAUAUUGCUUCCUCUUACUCCCUGGCAGACCUCCUGGCUCUUUACGGGGCCAUAGGAGAGAGGCAGCACCAGCACCAGCAGUUGCUGAGUGACCCGGUCCUGCUGGAGAAGUCUCAGCCAUCCAUAGUUUUAGGUGAGCAAGACGGUAGUCCAGCGGCAGCUGACUGGCCCAUACCAAGUAAGAAGAAGAGGAACUUUUCUCUGGGUGUGGCAGGGAUGUGCUGUAACCAGGGCUGUACCAAGAAUGAUAUUGGACGUUUGUGCUAAAGCCGGGAAGGGAGGAGGAAGAGGAGAAGGGUUGGCUGAUGGCAGAGGGGUCGUGACAUGAAGGUGGUGUGAUGGACAGUUAUAGACAGUUGAGGAAAGACGUAGGAGGUAAAAGAGGGAGGA